UAAAGUUAAGGGGUGUGAAUACUUUCAGAUGGCACUGUAUAUCUAGCUGUCUGAUAACACGUCCUGAAGGAAUGGCUUGUCCUGCACUUUGUAAAAACCCAGAGUGCAUUAAGUGAAUGUUGGAAAAAGUUGUGGGUUCCUUUCUAAACAUAGCAAUGUUGAUGCAAAGAGAACUUGGACCACAAAAUAGGUUAAUUGAAUUGGCAAAAGAGUUGAGGCCUCAUUCAAAGGCAAGGGCAGUGUGAAUACAAAGAGGACUGAGUUCUUUAGUUCUUUAGUUUACCCCAGAGUUCACUUUAAAAUACUGAGAUCGGUUCUUUUGAAGAGGACUAUAUGUGAAAACACCCGAAGAAAGAAGAUAUCCUAAUCUAGCCUGGUCCCUGAUCUGUUUGUUCUGUUUGGCAUGCCAACAAUGACCAUAGAAGUUGGCUUUACAACACAAACCGAUUUCCAGCCUCUAGUUGGACCUCACAUAUUUCCCAUCGAUGAUACUAAUAUAUUUUUAACACCUUUCCUAUAAUUUUGGAUGAUUUAAAUAAAUAUGAGAAAGGACAUCCACGUAUAGUUUUUCUCUGGUGCAGCGUUUUUAUUUUGUAUUUUUUUGCCAUCCCCACCUGCAUUAGCUGGUAGCCAUUAGUUGUUAGCCGUUACCAGCUGGAGAAUGGGCCGGGCCCUGAAGGGGGUAACCAUAGCUCCCAGCCUCUUCCCGUUUAGUGAUGCAGCAAUCUUAUUAGUGUCUCUGGCCCAAUGAGACUUUGAUCCCUUUCUCCCAUAACACAGACAGAGAAGGAGUCAGAGGCCUGGGGAAGUGAUGCUGCAGCCAGCCCCUCCCCUGUCUCUCUCAGACAUGGACACUGAAGCUGAGAGACUGCUAACCUUAACCCUUGUUGAUGGGGAGCUUCUGAGGACUCGGCCAGCUUCUAAAUGCACUUUAGCUCUGUCAGUCAGUGGAUCUAACAUUGAUUUGAUGUUAGUGUUCUUAGCCAUGUUGUAGACAGUGUGUGUGUGAGAGCAGUGAAACUCAUUUUGGGCUGAAUAUUCACAUUGUAUUAUUAUUACUACUCAAUCAAUUGCUUUGUUAUCAAUACUCUCUAGACCAGGGGUUCUUAAACCUUUUCAGCUCGAGAUCCAAAUGAGAAAUUAACAGUCCUCCAACGACCCAAAUUAAGAAGAAAUAGUGUGUGAUUUUAUAUAUGUAUUCUCAUAACUCACAUGCCCAGGGCCCACUUUGGGUCCUGACCCAUAGUUUAAGAAACCCUGCUCUAGACUUGUUUAGCGAGCCUCAACAAAGCAGUAGAGAUUGUCAUUAGGGACUUGCAUUUUUGAGUAAUCUCUUGUGCCUUAAUCUCAGAUGUGGUUUUAAGAAUGCUGCUGUGUUGACCAAUCCUUCCCUGUGACUCCUGCCCUUUGUCCUAGUUGUUUCUGUCUGUUGUGUUGUGGAGAGAACUGACUGGCUGUGCAGUGUUCGUGCUUGUAGUGUAAACACCAGCAUACUAGCAUUAGAUCAUUGAUAGACUGGAGAAGCCUUUGGUUCCAUCUGAAGCUAUCUGACUCUGGUGGUUAGGUUACACAAUGGUUCCUUUUUUGCUGUAGAGUCUGGUCUAUGGCGUAGGCCCAGACUAGAGAUACCGAUGCCACUUCCUCCUAGAGUAUCUUCUCGUUCUAAUCCCUCCCCUCUCAACCCUGACCCUACUCUACUGACAUCCCUAACAGCUACUGUACGCAUAUACUACACUCACUGUCCUGCCUCUCCUAUUCCUACAACUCUAUCACCUGCCUAGGAUGUCUCUGGAGAUAAUGACCAUCCUCUGUCGCUGUGAGAAUAUCGAAACCUUGGAGGGUGUCCCCCUGGAUGUGACAGGGGUGGCUCAGGAUAACCCUUGAGAUUAUGACCCUGCAGCCCAAGUGUGAGGAUGUAGAGACAGCGGAGGGUGUAGCUAUUACUGUCACUGGGGUGGCACAGGUGAAGGUGAUGGUAGACAAUGAGCUGCUAGGCUAUGCCUGUGAACAGUUCCUGGGGAAAUCUGUGAUCGAGAUAAAGAGUGUCAUUCUGCAGACCCUGGAGGGUCAUCUACGCUCUAUCCUCGGUACUCUGACGGUAGAGCAGAUCUACCAGGACAGAGACAGGUUUGCUGCUCUUGUGCGGGAGGUGGCAGCGCCUGAUGUGGGCCGCAUGGGCAUCGAGAUACUCAGCUUCACCAUCAAGGAUGUGUAUGAUAAAGUGGAGUACCUGAGUUCCCUGGGGAAGAGUCAGACGGCCGCAGUACAGAGAGAUGCCGAUAUUGGAGUGGCCGAGGCAGAGAGAGACGCGGGAAUCAGGGAAGCAGAUUGUAAGAAAGAGAUGAUGGACGUCAAGUUCCAAGCAGACACCAAGAUGGCCGAUUCGAAACGAGGGCUGGAGAUGCAGAAGGCUGCUUUCAAUCAAGAAGUCAACACGAAGAAAGCAGAAGCCCAGCUGGCCUACGAGCUGCAGGCUGCCAAGGAGCAGCAGAAGAUCCGUUUGGAGGAGAUAGAGAUUGAGGUGGUUCAGAGGAAGAAGCAGAUCACCAUCGAGGAGAAGGAGAUUGACCGCACAGAAAAGGAGCUCAUCGCCACGGUCAAGAGGCCGGCCGAGGCUGAGGCCUACAAGAUGCAGCAGCUGGCCGAGGGACAGAAGAUGAAGAAGGUGUUGACGGCCCAGGCAGAGGCAGAGAAGAUCCGUCGUAUCGGUGAGGCAGAGGCCGGUUCCAUAGAGGCUAUAGGGAAGGCUGAGGCUGAGAAGAUGAGGCUGAAGGCUGAGGCCUACCAGCAUUAUGGAGAUGCUGCAAAGACUGCUCUGGUCUUAGAGGCCCUGCCUAAGAUUGCUGCCAAGGUGGCGGCACCCCUGGCCCGGACCAAUGAGAUCGUCAUCCUGAGCGGGGACGGUGGCCGUGUGACCGGCGAGGUGAACCGCCUAUUGGCUGAGCUCCCUGUGUCUGUCAACGCACUCACAGGGGUGGACCUGAUGAAGAUCCCUUUGCUUCAGAAGAUGAUCAACCCUCAAGCAUAAAAACAAUCCUGUGCACCUUGACUCAGUAUAUUUCUUUAUGCACUCUUUAAAUCAACUGCCUUCACCUAGAAACAUUUGAAAACAAGUAGUUUUUUUUUUACUACAAGAGUCUAGAUGUUUUCAUUUUCCUAAAUCCCUGGUGCCUUAGCUCUAUAGGGCCAGAUCAUCUGUAUGUACCACUGCUUUUUUGUUAUACAUGUUAGUUUUUUUUGUAGUUACCCCAUUCUGUUGUACUAACGCUUGUCUACAUUGUAGAAAAGGGACAUUCAUCAUGGUUGUUCGGUGCAGGCCUUAUUCUGGUCUGAAAGGUCUCGCCAGGUCUUCAUUGUUAUUCUUUUGUUCAUUGUGUUACAUAAUGCAUUGGAUGUGCCUGUGGUUUUGUAUAGUUACUGAAAGUAUUUCAGAUAUUUCGUCUCAAAUGUUACUUUUUUUCAUUCUAAUGUGCAGUCAGUGCCUGGUUACCAACCAAGUGGCUAAACCUCAGGAAAAGUAAUGGUUUGGCAAUUCUAUAGUCUAGUGAUACUACAGUAAACCUCCAUUUACCAUCUCAAUGAGAGAUGUAGAAAUAUUGUCCUCCCCAUCCUCAUGCCAUCUGCCUUGAAAGCAGAAACAUUGGCAUUCCAUCUUAUUCUUCAGUAGAAUCUUUUAUUUCAUUCUUCAUCUUAGGUAUGGGAGGUGUGCAUUCUUAGGUAGACAACACACAGAAAACAUAGACAUUAACACAUGUGCAUGGAUCUACAAGUCUGUAUGAAGCCAUAUACUGUCAAAGUUAGCCUUAAUAUAGAGACCCAGGAGUCCUGCUAGCUUUCCUGAUCAUCUGGAUUACCUCAAUCAAUCUAAGCUUUAAUACUUGUUAUUUCCAACUAUUGAGAUAUCAUAUGGCAUGAUAUGUAUUUCAGUCUCUUAGGGUAGCCAAUGUUGUGUUAUAUCAUCUUUUGGUUACAUUCUGUUAAAUUCUUUAUAAACUAUUAUGUAACUUAUCUCUACAGUUUACCAGACUCUUUACUUUCACGGUUUUACAGGGUGCUGCCUAUUAUCUUUUUCUAGGAAUGCAAUGCUGCCACGACCUGUUGACCAUCCAAUCAUGUAUCAGUUUUCUCCACAUUCCUUACCCAAUGUGCUUCAAACACAAGAAUACAUUUCAGUUUGUUUUGCCACACAUUUGAGUUGGACUGUCUUGUUGUGGAGUUCAUUUUAUGUUGGCUUCAUUUUAUGAACAUUUGUUUUAGCGUUUUAGGGGAAAUCUAACCACUUUCUGAAUCCGUGACCUCAGCAUCAUUUUUUUCUAAAAUGUCAUUUUUUUUACAGUAACGUCAACCUGCUGCCAACUGUGGUAUAUCUCUGGUCUGGGGGAGAAAUGUCAUUAUCUAAUCCCUACUGAUCACUAAAAGAAUACUGUAUUUAUUUUAUAAUAAUCUCCGCUUGUAAGAUUUACAUAGUAGUAGACUAGAUCGUAAAAUUUGAGUGAUAAACAGUGUGAUACAGUACUGUAAAUGUAGAUGGGAACCUGUGUUCUGUUUCAUGAAAUGGCUGGUUUGAAUUGUAUAAAGUCAGAACACAUCAACAUUUCCAUCUGGACAUACUGAUGGCUUUCCCUGGUCAAAUUGUGUUUCUGUUCAGCUGAAAAACUCCCAUUGUAUGUUCUUUUUUGGCACCUAAUUUUUGUGUCAACGCUCUUUCAAAAAUGUCUCAUGUAUUACUAUGAAUGGAUGGUGUAAUUUCAGCAGGGUAGAAGCAACUUUCAGAUCAGAAAAUAUACCUUUCGGAUCUAGAAUGUAGGUGGAAGACCAAACAUUGUAUACCUUUAACUUGUAUCUUUAUCUAUAGAGUAUCUGUAAUGAAACAUGUUUAAAUGUCAUCUAUUCAGACUCAAAUGUUUGUGUGAAUUCAUCCAUUUUCUAGUCUGUUAAAUAAUACUGGAAAACUGGUCUAGCAUGGAUAUUUCAGCACGUGAACAUCACACUCAUAUCCUCGACUCUGUGGCAAAGUUAUGUGCUGCCCUAUAAUAAAUGUUCUGCCUCCUCAGUA